AAAAAGAAAUUGAUUUGCAGUGGACAGACAUUUCCAGACCCUUUUCAACAGUGGUAUCUAGAGCUUACAGUCCUCAAUAUCUCAAGCUCAAUAUCCUUCUCCCUGUCACUCAUUCACCCCUCUACCAGCAACAAUGAGGAUCGCCUUGGUUACCACCGCCAUGGCGAUGCUUCUUCUCCAGGAAGUCAAGGCAGACGUCCAACCACAGAAGAACUUUGACGUGCAAAAGUUUUCAGGGAAAUGGUACCGGGUGGGCCUGGCGUAUGAUUCUCCUGGCUUUGCUCCAUACAGAAGCAAGCUGACGAUCUCCAUGGGCAUGGUGGAUCCACAAUCCAAUGGAGAUGUCAACAUGACCAUGUGGUCCAUUAGCAGGUCCACUGGCUGUAAGAGCAGAGUCUACGUGUAUGAGAAGACUGAUACGCCUGGUGUGUUCUCCUACUUCAGUACGAGACACAAUAAGGUGAAGGACAUCACAGUGGUGGACACUAACUACACUGAGUAUGCUAUCGUCUUCAAAUUCAAGAAGAUGAACAGGGAGUACUCGCAAGUGUCUCUGUAUGGUCGUACCCAGAAGUUGAGGCCUGAGGUGAUUGACAAGUUCAAGACGUUCUCUCUGGCGCGUGGAUUCCCCAAAGAGUCUAUUCUCACCCCACCAGCAGCAGAAAACUGCCCACCCUCUGGAAACUAGAAAGUGGACAUCACAAUUUCACAUAAAGCUUUUCUUUUAGAAAGUGGACAUCAGCACCAUUCUCACUAGCCUGAAGCAUCAUCAUCAUCAUCAUCAUCAUCACCAUCUUCAUCAGCAGCAGCAUCCUCUUCCUCCUCACACCUUCACACAUCCACAUUGUUACCAUAGUCCUGCUGUCAGGUCCCAGUGCUGCAUCAGUAAUAUAUUGCUAUGGUACUGUACUGUACGUCCAUUAGGGUCUAACUGACCUCUGCCAUCUCUGUUGGUGCUGAGCCCUCUCUGCCCUGCGCACACACACAAACGGUACGCAUGUCUGUUCAGCUCGUACUGUGACAAACUAAACAAACUAAACAAAAUAAAUGGAUAUAUGUGAAACAUA